CGAAACUACAACAUGUGUGAUAAUCUCACUUCUUUCGUGUUAUUUCGAUUUCAAGAGCUUAUCUCUCAAUCUAUGGGAAAAUGCGCAUGUAGAUUAUUCCGUGAUGACAAACAGUCCACAGGAAGGUGUUAUUUUUUACAGAGUUGCAGAUGUUGACAAGUGUGAUGGAAAGAAUAAAGCAUUUGAUGAGAUAACAUCAUUUUACAAAAGACAUUAAUCAAGAAGUUCAUCAACAAAAUUCGUCAUAGAGUGAAUGAAUGAGAUUAUUUGCAAAUUCACAAGAUAGUCAUUCAACUUGAAAGGGUCGAUAUAUAACUAUACAAAAUAAAUAAACUCCACAGUCGUUUCCGAACAUUGAAUACACUUAACAAGGCCAAGGUGAAAACAAAGCAAAUCUAUAACAUUUGUGAUGAAAAUGUUGACGUCAACUCACAAUAACAUUCACUUGUAGACAUCACAGGAAAUGAAAAACUGCAAACUGGAACUUCGCAGUGAUUUCUACGCAAAAUAUACAAAGUGUGAAUUUAUUAACGGGGGAACAUACGGCAAAGUUUACAAAUGUAAAGACGAUGCAAGCAUUGAUUAUGCUGUUAAAAUACAAAAAGCUUCGUUGUCAGACGACUCUUACAGACGUGCAGUACAAGAAGCAACAAUUUGGAGCAGUUUAGAACACAAGAACAUUAUAACACUAUAUGAGUGCUUCUUGCAAGAUAACAAAUUCUUCUUUGUCAUGGAGUUAGCGUCCGGUAACAAUCUUUUUGAUGAAAUAUUAAAAAAGUCAAAGUAUAGCGAGGAGAACGCUUGUCUGUACAUAAAACAACUGCUAAAAGCCUUGGCUUACUUACACAAAAACCAUAUAAUUCAUCGUGAUGUAAAGCCAGACAACAUUAUGCUAUGUGAAGAUAAAAAUUUACCAGGCUCAAAAAGUAUCGUAAAAUUAGUAGACUUUGGGCUGGCACGAAAACUAGAGGAAGAGAAGACACGUAUUGAAUGUGCACCAAGCGGUGCACCAUUGUAUUUAGCGCCGGAGACAAUAAUGGAAGUGGCGCUUGGUUACCCGGUAGAUGUGUGGUCUUGUGGUGUAAUAAUGUACAUUUUGUUAUAUGGAUCACCUCCAUUUUGGUCAGAAGAUACGAGGAAACUUUUCAAUGCCAUUAUAGGAACGGAGGUGAAUUUUUCUGGCAAUGUCGACGGAGAGCCGGUAUCUUUCCUUGCAAACGAUCUCAUUCAAGAGAUGUUAGUAAAAGAUCAAAAUGAGCGCAUAAAUGCCAUUGAAGCUUUAGAACAUCCAUGGAUAACACAGGCAACUGGUCAGAAACUCUCCGGACAACAUAGAAGAAGUACUUUGGAAAAACUUUCACUGUUUCAUGGAUCAAGCUCAGUAUAUGAACUACAGGAAACGCUUCGAAGACUUAAAAGUGAACGAAGUUAUAUCGCUGAUAAAAUAUAUAACGGACAAAGUCUUUAAAUCAUUGCAUCUUUUAAAUGUGGUCAAUGAUGACAAUAUUAAAAACAAAAAUUAAGAAUUUAGGAGGAAUAAAACUAAUUUUAUGAGAACGACGCUACAAAGCAAACCAAUUUUUUCUUCUACAAAGGAAAAAGAUAAAUAAAGUUUAUUUUAUAAAUAAUUUAUAAAUAAUUUUGCUGAUAAAUUAGAGUUUAAGAAGUUAAAGUUCGGAUAGGCUUCGCUACUGUAUGAAUGAAAAUAAACCUAGAAUAAAAAGCAUAAAUUUUUUUUAAUCAGAUUUAUAAUCAGCCAUUUCAUCUAUUGUAAGCAUUGAAGAAAAAUUAAAACUUCAAUUUGUUUAUUAUUGUAAAUUUUAAAAGUGUCCGAUUACUUCAACUUUUAAAAAAUGUUUUCUAAAUAAUUUAAACAAGAAAAACUCUGAAGAAACAAUUUGAUCGUAGAGAAAUUAGUCGCGUUCUACGUAGUGUGAGUAAGAUAUUGACAAGAAAUAAAGAUCCGUCAAAUCGUGAAAUGGAUGUUUAACAAUUUUUUAUCGAUGUAUUUGUAGUUGUAGCUUUUAUUUAUAUUAUAGAAUUUGUUUUAUAGUGGCAUUUUAAUAUUCAAUUUCUUUCCAAAGUAAAGCAGCCAAAAUUUUAAGAAAAUAAAAAUUCAGCUACAUUGAUUUUAUAUGUAAAUAGGAAAAAGAAGUAAAGAAUAUGUUGUAUAAAGUUAACCAUAA